AUGGCAAUGGAUGAGGGUUCUUCUAUGGGUUUGAGAACGGCUUCAAGUGCAGCCUCCUCUGCCUCAACUCCCAUAGACUCGUCAAAUAUUGGCUUUCAGCUGUUGAAGAAGCAUGGAUGGAAAGAGGGGACUGGACUUGGUGUUGAUGAGCAGGGCAGGCUGGAGCCGGUGCAGGCUUUUGUUAAGAAAAAUAAGCGCGGUUUGGGAGCAGAUAAACCCAAGAAGGCAAUCGAGCACUCAAAGACCAAUAGUGCAGAUGAUCCAAAACUUCCCAAGAGUAAAGCAAAGAAAAUCUCAAAGAAGAUGAAGAAAAUGCAAGAGUUGGAGAAACGGUUGCAAGAGAAGGAAUUCGAUCGUGCUUUCUUCAGGGAGUUUUGGCCAGAUAAUGUUUGA